CUUCUUUCUUCCUUUUAUUUCUUUUACAACUUCUAUUAAAGUCAUUUAACAAGAACCCUGUCCAAUCGUUCUCUUUCACUCUCUGCUACUCUUUUUCUUCCUUCUCCUGGCCCCAAUCAACCAUUCCUUCCCCAUCAUCUUAUACUUUUUGAUAUAUGGCACCAUCUAACUACAACAACAAUCGGUUGACGCAGCAGCGCGUUGCUAUUAUUCCAUCUAAGAAUAUGGCUUUUUUUGAUGAUGACGACGAGGACGACGACAUCAGCAGCAUGGGAUACUCCCACACCAGCUCUAUCCACACUAACGCAACCUCCAGCGACACAUUUGCAUUAGCAGAAUUCUUAUCUACCACCAGUCCCGACGAGUUCGCUAAACCUUCUUCCACCAGCAACAGAAAAAAACUCCAGCAACGUCGUGCAUCCCGUUUGCUCAGCAAGCUACGAAAACGUCCUACCACAGCGAGUCUUACAGCAACAGUAACAGACAUCUCCUCUAUCAAUAGCAGCAGCACUCAUGAUAACGCAGCAUCUACUACUACUUCCAACAGCAUCAACAACACCCAGCGGAAGCAUAUACCAUUACCAGAGUAUCAUCCUCCUCCACCACCCACCAUUGCACCACCGGUGCCUACUCUUCCUCAACAAAUCAUGAAUGCUCCCACUUCUUCUUACCCUCCACCGCCGCCUUUUUCUACAGCAUCCAUGCGUGAUUCUGGUGUCUACAGUGAAGUGUCUGACAAGGAUUAUAUCCCUCCGCCGCCGCCAGUACCACCACCGCCAGUUCCGUCCUUAGAUCUCUUCCCCAUGCCACCGCCAUCUAUUCCCGCCAAAUCCCGCGCACGUCCACGCCGACCCGCACCGUUGCCUGCAGAUGUAGCAUCUGCUGCCAUUCACGCUGCACUACGUAGUGUGCCUGAAGCUGCCCUCCGACGGCGAUCUGUUGUGCGCAGUGGUGCUACUAGUCAGCGUACCAGUAAUAGUCAUCAACAAGAAGAGCAUCAUCAGAAGCAGCGUACCACGACUUCUGCUACCACAUGUCCACAUUGCCGGCAACAUAUCAACGCAGGAGACCACAAAGAUGACAGCCGACGGCUGUCAUGCCCACCAGCAUUAGCAACUGGUAAUAUGCUGGCGAAAGAGCAAAGUGGUAAUAAUGAAUCCACACUGCGCCAGAUGAUUCUCCAGCUAGAAAAACAGCUAGCAGAUGAACGCAAGUCGCGCAAGAAGCUGGAGCAAGUAGUCAUGUCUCGGCACCAACAAGCUAUAGCACUCAAACGGGAAGAGGUUGCAGAAGAACGGGAUCGAUGGAACGACGAUAUUCAAUGGAUGCAAGACCGCAUUUCUUCAUCAUUACCAGAGUAGCUUCUUUCUUCUUCGAAGUUAAUCUGCCCCUCAUCUUCUCCUUCUAGUAGUAUAACUUUUAUUUUUUGUAACUCUAUUUUUUGAAUCAAAU